UAUUCUUACCGGCCGUGGCAUAGCUGCCAUUGAUCACAGUUUGCCGCACACACUAUUUAAUUUUAUGCCAUGGCAGCAUCUACUCCCUUAUCAUUUGCGGUCCGACGAUGCGAACCUGAAUUGGUUGCCCCAGCUAGAGCAACUCCUCAUGAACUCAGACAGCUUUCUGAUAUUGAUCGCCAAUUAUACCUCCAAUUCCAAUCACCGAAUUACAACUUGUAUGCACACAAUCCCUCAAUCCAAGGGAAAGAUCCCGUGAAGGUAAUAAAAGAGGCGAUUGCACAAACACUUGUUUAUUAUUACCCUUUUGCUGGUAGGAUUAGACAAGGGCCAGACAAUAAGCUUAUAGUUGAAUGUACUGGGGAGGGUGUUUCGUUCAUCGAAGCCGAUGCCGAUGCUACAGUUGAGCAGUUUGGUGAUCCAAUUCCAUCUCCAUUCCCUUGCUUUGAAGAACUUCUAUACAACGUCCCAGGAUCUGCAGGGAUCCACAACACCCCAUUAUUGUCUUUUCAGGUGACACGCUUGAAGUGUGGUGGUUUUGUACUUGCCUAUCGUCUCAAUCACCUAAUGAGUGAUGCACUUGGCAUAGUUCAGUUAUUGAGUGCCAUAGGGGAGAUUGCACGAGGUGCGCAAGCCCCUUCAAUUCUACCUGUGUGGCAAAGGGAACUUCUCUGUGCUAGGAAUCCACCACGCGUUACUCGCAGACACAGUGAAUAUGGUAAUCAUGGUCCAGUUGUUGUUGGUCCUACAACCAACGUUCCUGAAUUCCACGGCGAAGUUUACGAUGUAGCCCACCGUAGUUUCGUUCUUAACCGCAAAGAAUUAUCAAACAUUCGUAGAUGGAUUCCUUCUCAUUUACACCCUUGUUCAAAUUUUGAGGUCAUAAGUGCAUGCUUAUGGAGAUGCUAUGCCAUAGCAUCUCAAGCAAACCCUAAUGAGCAGAUGCGCAUGCAAUUGCUUGUCAAUGCACGUUCCAAGUUCAACCCACCGUUACCAAAAGGAUAUUACGGUAACGUGCUAGCUUUGCCAGCAGCUGUAACAAAUGCUAAGAAUCUUUGUUUAAACUCAUUGGGGUAUGCAAUGGAGUUGAUAAGGAAUGCCAAGAAUGCAAUAACUGCGGAGUACAUGAGAUCAUUGGCUGAUCUAAUAGAGAUCACCAAAGGCCAGCCUAUCGGGUUACAGUCAUAUGUUGUGUCAGACAUAACAAGUAUUGGGUUUGAUCAAGUGGAUUGUGGGUGGGAUAAGCCAGUUUAUGCUGGGCCAGCUAAGGCCAUGCCUGAUGAAAUUUCUAUUGCUGGAACCUAUUUUCUGCCCUAUAGAUUCAAGAACGGAGAGCGAGGGGUUAUGCUGUUAGUUUCCUUACGCGCACCAGUUAUGGAGAGAUUUGCAGUCCUCUUAGAGGAAUUGGCAAGGAAUGAUCCAGAAAAAAGCCAAGGACAACAAGAAAUGAUACUAAGCUCCCUCUAAGACAGAAGCUAUGGUAUUACUAUAUUGUUGCCAUGGAAGUUUGAUGAUUUGUUGGUUUUCGUAGAAUUUACACACAUGUAAAAUUAAUAGUCUGAUGACUGUUGUGUUGUUUUGUUCAAUGUGUUAUCACUUAUAUAUAUAAUUCAAUAUAUAAUAAGAUCAAUAUUGUGUUCCCAAUAGUUUGGUUGA